AUGAUUUCUAAUGCAUCAUCUUGGGCUAAAUUUACAUUUAUUAUAAUAGAAAAAGAAAAUCUUAAUAUUCUUAUCGAUAGUUAUGAAACAGCUGAUGUUGUUGAUAUUUCAUCUAUUGAUGCUAUUCAUCCACGAGAAGAUUUUCUACCAGUGGCAAUACCUGAAGAUAUAUCUCAACGACUUAUUCGUUUACAUGAUAAAAUUGAACUUGAACCUGCAUUUCAUGAUUUAUCAGAAUAUAUGAAAAAUGCUGAUGAUUAUUAUAUUAUAUAUCAAUAUCAAAAUCCCGAUUUAAAAUUUAUCAAACUUGUUUACUUAGCAAGUGAUGAUCCAUCAGUUUUUAAUGAAGCUCGUACUAAUUAUCUUGAUUAUGUGUUUUAUGGUGAUGCAGCUGCAACACAAUCUGCUCAACCUAAUUCAAGAUAUCGAACAGAAUCAUUGAAAGAUAUUUUAUUUGAUAUUCAUUUUCUUUCAUUGUGUGAUUAUCUUGUUUGUACUUUUUCAUCAAAGGUUUGUCGUGUCGUGUGGCUUAUGACUCCACAUAAUCAACGAGCUGUCAUAUCUCAUAAAAGUAUAUCACGAAAUAAAUUUAGUUUUGAACGUGGUGAUAUUAUUAGUUUAGAAGGUGGUCAUUGGAAUGGAUUUUCAAAAGGAUCCGACAAUAUAAAUUAUCUAACAGGCCUUUAUCCAUCAUAUAAAACAGAGGAAAUCGUUAAUAUUAUAAAAAUAUAUACGUAUCCUGGAAUACAAAUAAAAGAUGAUGAUUUCUAA